UUCCGGCGGCGCUUCGGGUGACGUAGCGAGCGCGCCGCGCGGCGUGUGCCGAGGUCGGUGCGGGACGCGUGGAGGUCAGCGGCGAUGCUGGCCGGGGCUGCGGGGGCCUUGAAAGCACUUGCCCGGAGCUUCGCCCCUCUGCCACCCGGCCGUCAUGGCAGCUCGCCUGGUGAAGCGAUGCACGUGUCUCCUGAGACAGGCUGCUCGCCUGACCCCUGCGGGGCCUCCCGUGGGCCCGCUGAGGCUGGCCCAGGCAGCCCAGAAGAUUCUGGCUUCCUCAGCUGCCUCACUCAGUUCCCACGUCCCGGGGUCCCUGUCCCAGCAUGAGGAGAAGGAGCAGGUGUUCACCCCCUACCCAGAGCGCCAGGAGGUGGACGAGCUCAUUGAGAAGGCCACUCGGCCGGAGGAGCUCCUGGGGCUGCUUGGGGGCGGCCACCACCUGCAGCAGAACCAGGCGGCCCUCGCACUUGUCCAGCUCUCCCGCCUGCUGUCUGAGAAGCCGGAGGACAAGGCCCCGCUCGUACAGGAUGCCCGCUUCCAGCAGCUGCUGCACCUCGUCAACAGUCAGAUCACCACGGUCUGGCACGGGACCCUCGUGAAGCUGCUGCGGAGCCUGUACGCGCUGGAGCUGCCGGCCUCCUCCAAGGAGCUGCGGUCGGUGGAGCAGGAGGUGCGCUGGCGGCUGCGCAGGCUCAGGUACAAGCACCUGGCCUUCCUGGCCGAGACCAGCGCCGCCCACAUGCAGGCGCGCGGCUCCGGGGAGCUGCUGGCCGACCUGCGCCUGCAGCUGGAGCGGCGCUGGGCGGAGAUCGAGGACGGCCGCACGCUGGUGGCCGUCAUGGCCAAUGGGCACCUCUCGGAGCCGCUGAUGACGCGCCUGGAGGACAAGAGCCUGGACCUGGUGGAGCAGUUCGGCCCCGAGGAGCUGCGGAAGGUGCUGGCGGCGCUGGCAGCUCAGAACCGGCGGUCGGUGCCCCUGCUGCGGGCCAUCUCCUACCACCUGGUGCAGAAGCCCUUCCCCCUGACCAAGGGCGUCCUCCUGGACCUGACCUACGCCUACGGCAAACUCAGCUUCCACCAGACCCAGGUGCUCCAGCGCCUGGCCGCCGACCUGCUGCCCCACAUGCCCAGCCUCACAUCCAGCGAGGUGGCCCGCUGCGCCAAGUCCUUCGCCUUCCUCAAGUGGCUCAGCCUGCCCCUGUUCGAGGCCUUUGCCCAGCACGUCCUGAGGGAAGCCCCGAGCAUCGCGGCCGCACCCCUCUGCAACGUGCUCCUGGCCUUCGCCCGCCUGAACUUCCGUCCGGAGCAGGAGGACGCCUUCUUCAGCCUGGUGCAUGAGAAGCUGGGCUGUCAGCUGGCGAGCCUGGACCCGGCCCUGCAGGUGGACGUGCUGUGGGCCCUCUGUGUGCUGGGGCAGGCGCAGGAGGCCGAGCUCCAGGUGGUGCUGCGCCCCGAGUUCCACACCCAGCUCCUAGGUGACGGGUCCCCAAAGGGUCAGAGCACCUUCCAGAAGCUGCUGCACAUUAACGCCACCGCCCAGCUGGAGCGCCCCGAGUAUGCCGGCCCUCUGCUGCCGGCCUCCGCCUUGGUCCCCAGGCCCUCGGCCCUGGACAGGAAGGUCACGCCCCUGCAGAAGGAGCUGCAGGGGGCCCUGGCGGGGUUGCUGGGCAGCGCCGACAGGGCUCGCUUCACGGUGCCCACGCAGUACGGCUGGGUUCUGGAUGCUGAGGUGCUGCUGGACGCCGAGGGCCAGUUCCUGCCCCUGAGGGACUUCUCGGCCCCUCACCUUGCCCCGCCCUCUGAGGGCCAGCCACUGCCCCCCGGGGCCAAGAGGCUGGCCUUCCUGCGCUGGGAGUUCCCCAACUUCAGCAGCCGGAGCAAGGACCUGCUGGGGCGCUUCGCGCUGGCCAGGCGCCACGUGCUGGCGGCCGGCUUCCUGGUGGUGGACGUCCCGUACUACGAGUGGCUGGAGCUCAAGUCCGACUGGCAGAAAGGCGCCUACCUCCAGGACAAGAUCCGGAAAGCGGUGGCGGAGGACCUGGCCAAGUGACCGGCCCCUCACGGGGGCUCCGUGCCCCGGGGCCGGACUCCCCAGAGGCCUGGCCGUGGACCCUGGGUGGGCAGGGGGCUGCUCGAGGACGGGGCCUGCACACGGCCUUGGCCGGAGUGGUGCUGGCCGGCGGCCUGAGCAGAGGAGGGCCCCGGGCCCCCUUGUGGGUAAUAAACCUUCACUUCGGUGUUUGACACCAGAAGGCACCGGGCUCUGAC